AUGUCCACCUCCAUCCAGGAGUACCGCUCCCUCCCCAUCCUCGUCUUCUACCUCGUCCUCGCCUCUGCCCUCACCGCCAACGCCUCCCUCACCGUCUACCAACGCUACCAGGCCGCCGCCGCCAACCCGCGAUGGCGCCGCACUCCUCACCGCCGCCAAUUCCUCUGGUUUCUCUUCCUCGCUAGCGCCAGCCUUGCCACCACCUGGUACUACAUGUUUGCGUUCUUCGCACACUCGUACCGCGGCUGGCGAGCGCAGCACUCGCACUCCAUCGCCCUCGCCCUCGACCUCCAGCACGCCUCGGCGCCCUGGAAAUACGAACUCUGGCUCCGCGAGACGAGGCUCUUCCGGCUGGCUUGGGAGACCGUCUCCGAGACGCCGGAGCGGCACUGGUGGAGCGGGCAGAUUUUUUUGUUCACCGUGGGCUGGAGUGUGCUGUUGGGUGUUUUGGGGGGGAAGGCCAGUGAUGCUGAUCAGAUAGGACGUUGGUUCCGCAUCCCCCGCGUCUGGGCGUAUAUGCUCCUCGGCCAGAUCGUGGCGAUCUCCUUUGCGCAGAAUCUGUUUGCCGCGACUGUGGUUGCGUCGGCGUCGGCGUCGCUUCACUUCUCUGAAGCUGAUGCCGAGGGCGAGACUGAGACUGAGACUGAGACUGAGACUGAGACUGAGGAUAAGGUUAACCAGGUAAUGGUGUGGACACCGCCCGCCAUCCUCGAGCUCGUCCCCGUGUUCCUCUCCCUCGUCGGCGCCGCGGCCGUGCCGCUCGUCGCGCACACGCGCUUCUUCAUGCCCGUGCUGCUGCUCCCGCAUCUGCUGCUGUUUGCGCCGGCGCUGGUGGCCUCGGGUGCGCCGGGUGCGCCGGGCCGGGGGGUGUCUACGUCUGUGUCUGCGUCUACGUCUGCGUCUGCGGCGACGCGGCGCUAUGUGCGUGUGUUUCGGUGGCUGGGGGCCGUCAUGGCCGGGUUACUGGCGCAGGCGACGUAUGAGGUGGUGGUGGUUGGGGCGGCGGGGGGAGGGCCGGUGUGGCGGCGGCUGCUGGGCGCGAUGCACGAACAUCCGGCGGUGAGUAGUGUGAGCUGGGAUGUGGUGUUUUGUUUUGUGACGGCGGUUUCGUGGGUGUUGGUGAAUCGGGGGGAGGCGAGGCGGAUGUUGGGUAUGCCUUAG